GCGCGGGGCGGGCCGCGCGCGGGCGGCGCCGCCAUGGACGCGCUGAGCCGGGCCGGGCCGCGGCCCCGCCGCGCCACCGCCGCCUCCCCCCUGCCCUGGGGCCGCUUCGCCGCCUGGAUCGACUGCGUGUGUGUGGUCACCUUCGACCUGGAGCUGGGACAGGCCAUGGAGCUGGUGUAUCCCCACGACUUCAGGCUCACCGAGAAGGAGAAAACGAGCAUCUGCUACCUGUCCUUCCCAGACUCCUACUCAGGUGGCCUCGGGGACACCCAGUUCAGCUUCCGGCUGCGCCAGGCCGGGGGCUCCCGGAAUUCCCCGUUCCAGGAUGACGGCAGGUACAACCGGGAGGCCCCGGUGACACUGCAGCGAGAGGCUGCUCACUAUUUUGGGUACGUGUACUUCCGGCAGGUCAAGGACAGCUCCAUGAGGAGGGGCUACUUCCAGAAGUCCCUGGUGCUGGUGUCCCGCCUUCCCUACGUGAACCUGUUCCAGUGCCUGCUGCAGCUGAUUGCUCCGGAAUACUUCGACAAGCUGGAGCCCUGCCUGGAGGCAGUGUGCAACGAGAUCGACCAGUGGCCACCCCCAGUGCCUGGCCAGACCCUGAACCUGCCCGUGAUGGGAGUUGUCAUCCAGGUGAGGAUCCCGUCCCGGGUGGACAAGCCAGGCUCCAGCCCGGUGAAGCAGUGCAACCAGGAGAAUCUGUUACCAGCCCCCCUGGUUCUCCCCAGUGUUCAUGAGCUGGAUCUGUUCAGGUGCUUCCAGCCAGUGCUGAUCCACAUCCAGAUGCUGUGGGAGCUGAUGCUGCUGGGGGAGCCCAUGGUGGUGAUGGCACCAUCCCCAACCAUGUCCUCAGAGAUGGUCCUGGCCCUCACCAGCUGCCUGGCCCCGCUGCGUUACUGCUGCGACUUCCGGCCCUACUUCACCAUCCACGACAGCGAGUUCAAGGAAUACACCACGCGCACCCAGGCCCCGCCCAACAUCGUCGUGGGUGUCACCAACCCCUUCUUCAUCAAGACCCUGCAGCACUGGCCGCACAUCCUGCGGGUGGGCGAGCUCCGCAUGUCAGGAGACCUGCCCAAGCAGGUGAAGGUGAAGAAACUGGCCAAGCUGAAGACCCUGGACACCAAACCAGGAAUCUACACUUCCUAUAAAACAUUCCUUCACAAAGACAAAACCCUGAUAAAAAGGCUACUGAAGGGCAUCCAGCGGAAGCGCCCCUCGGAGGUGCAGAGCGCUCUGCUGAGGAGGCACCUCCUGGAGCUCACCCAGAGCUUCAUCAUCCCUCUGGAGCAUUACAUGGCCAGCCUGAUGCCUCUGCAGAGGGCCAUCACUCCGUGGAAGAAUCCCCCCCAGAUCCGCCCGUUCUGCCAGGAGGAUUUCAUGAAGAGCCUGGAGCAUGCUGGCCCCCAGCUCACCUGUGUGCUCAAGGGGGACUGGCUGGGGCUCUACAGGCGAUUCUUCAAGUCCCCCAACUUUGACGGUUGGUUCCGGCAGCGGCACCGCGAGAUGACCCAGAAGCUCGAGGCCCUGCACCUGGAGGCCAUCUGUGAGGCGGACAUCGUUGCCUGGAUGAAGGACAAGUCCGAGGUGGAGAUCGUGGACCUGGUGCUGAAGCUGCGGGAGAAGCUGGUGAGGGCUCGCUGCCAGCACCUGCCCGUGAAGGAGGAGACGCUGCAGAGGGUGGGUCUCUACAUCGACACCAUCAUCGGCUCGUUGCCCGAGGACCUCCAGACUGUGCUGCACCACCCCUGAGCCGGGAGGCUCCUGGAGAACCUUCCCAGCCUGUCCCAGCCCGCUCCCGGCCGCUGGGGCAGCUCCUGCCCGGAGCCGGCCGGGAUCGCACUUGGAGCGCGGGGCGGAGCCGGGCGCCGCUCCCGGGGCUGGGCUGGAGCCGUCCCUGCGGAAUUGGCCCCUGGGUGGCACCGCCAGGGCAGGAGGGACCCCAGGGCUGGGCUGGAGCCGUCCCUGCGGAAUUGGCCCAUGGGUGGCACCGGCAGGGCAGGAGGGACCCCAGGGCUGCGGGCCCGCCCGGACACUUCAUCCUUACCCGUGCUUGGAUCCUCGGCAUUCCCGCAGCCCCGUCCCGCCCGGGAGAAGCAGGAGCAGCCCUGCAGGGGGCUGUGCUCAGCGCAGCUCCUGAGCGCCGGGAGGAGGUGACAAUACCGUCCCUGCCCUGGACAGCCUCGGGGAGCAGGAGGAGGAGUUGCUGGACAUGGACAAUUGCUGCUCUGUUUCUCCAGGGCAGAGCCAGAGGAGGGGCUGGAGCAUCCGCAGGGAUCAGAGCUCCCUGGAGUGCCUGGGAAUGGCUGCUGGGAGGAGCUGGCCCCAAAUCCUAUUUAUUCUGCUUGAAAACCCAGCUUGAGCUCCCGGGACACUGCAAGGCUGGGGCUCUGCCCGAGGCACUGGGAGAGCUCCUGCCAGCCCCUUCCCAAUAAAACCUGGAGAAGCUGA